AUGCUUUUAUCAAGGAUAAUAUCAAACAUAGAAGGAUUAAAUGUAUCAAUAAAUGAUUGUAAUUCAAUAUUAAAAGAUAUAAAUUCAAAUGCAUUAUCAACUGAAGUUGUUGCAAGAUUAUGGGAAUCUUAUUUAAGAAAUUCUACUUAUAAUUUAAGUGUUACUUCAAAUUUAAAAAAUAAUGAAGGUGAUGAAGAAGAGGAGGAGGGAGAAGAAGAAAAAUUGGAGGAAGGUGAAGUUGACGAAAGUUGA